GAUGCGUAGUUGCUUCGUUGCGUAUUGAUGCUGAAGCAUGGACACCCAACUGAAAGAGCUGACCGUCGCUCGAGCCCACGAUGGCUACCGCAGCGGCAAAUUCACCACUCGCCAAGUUGUCGAGUACUAUCUCGAACGAAUCCAAAAGCUGGACAAAGCCGACAGUGGGCCACACUUGAACAGCAUCCUUGCCGUGUCUAGCACCGCCCUCGCCGAAGCAGACGCCUUGGACGCACACCUCAAAACCACGUCAGAGCUCAAAGGCUCUCUACACGGCAUCCCAGUCGUCAUCAAAGACCAAGCCGACACCAAGUGCCUCACCACCACUUAUGGCUCCAUCGUCGCAAAAGACAACGUCCCCAGCGAAGACGCAACGCUGGUCGCCAAAUUGAAAGCCGCUGGAGCCAUCGUCCUCGCGAAGACAACUAUGCCAGACUGGGCAACGUCCUGGCACUCCACGUCUUCCAUGUCCGGCGUCACGCGCAACCCGUACGACCUCAAACGCGACCCCGGCGGUUCCAGCUCAGGCACAGGCACCGCAGUCGCCGCAGACCUAGGCCUCCUAGGCAUCGGCGAGGACACAGGAGGCUCGAUCCGCUUGCCAUCCACAUUCUGCGGCCUCGUCGGUCUGCGCUGUACUCCGGGUACAAUCAGCCGCUACGGCCUAUCUCCUCUACUCGUCCCUCAAGACACGCCAGGCCCCAUGUGCCGCACCGUGACCGAUGUCGCACUCAUGCUCGACGCCCUAGCAGGCUUUGACGAGCGCGACCCCUACACAGCGACAGCAGUCCUCUCCGGCAAACCCGUUGGAGGCAGCUACGCCGCCAACUUCUCCGUGGACCAAAUCAAAUCCGCACGACUCGGCGUCCUCCGCGAGGCAUUCGGUCCAGACUCCGACAAGGACUGCGCAUCCGUCAACGGAGUCAUCAACGGGGCGCUCUCGAAACUCGAGCAAAAUGGCACAACUCUCAUCGACGUCGAGAUCCCGAACCUCAAGCACCUCCUAGAGAUCACCUUCACGUAUCCCCAGCGCUCCCGCUCCGACCUAGACGCAUGGUUCGCUCGACACCCAUUCCUCAACAGCACCAACACCAAAGAAAUUUAUGGGGCCAAACGCUACCACCCAGCCCUCGACUUGUUCGAAGACAUCGCCCUGGGCACUGGCACUCCGCAAAAGGAUCCCGAGUUCACGACCCGUCUGCUCGCGCGAGAAGAACUCCAACGCGCAAUCAUCUCGCUCAUGGCCAAGCAUCAAUUCGACGCCCUGGCCUUCCCGGACUGCCAGAUCCCAGCACCACUUCUCGACGACGUUCUCACGCAGCGCUGGCCUGCCGCCGCGUUCCCUACGAACACCCUCGUCGCAUCACAGUCGCUUAUGCCGGCCAUAUCGGUCCCGGCUGGACUGACCGAAGAGAGAGAAGGCGAGGCAACCUUACAGGUUGGAUUGGAAUUGCUUGGCCUGCCGUACCGAGAACAAGCAUUGUUGGAGCUCGCAUAUGGUGUGGAACAGCUUGUGAUGGGAAGACGACCGCCUCCACUGUAGAUUGGUCAGAGACGUGCUGUAAGUUACAUAGCGACUCACGGGACUUAUAGAGUCAGCACGGAUCAGGCAGGGUGGUCGCAACGACAAGGCUGCACACCCUGGAUGCCAAGACCCUCUAGAGUUUCUCGGCUCUGACGGCUCUAAGUUAGUUAGGUCCUGUACCUGGGCGAUCGCUAACUACAGGAUUUGUCGUUAUGCGUCGUGACCGAGAGUCAUCCCAAUCCCCC